AUGCUCGGUGAUCCACCGAGUCGGGCUGCGAUCGGGCUGAAAUGUGACUCCGUCACUUAUCUCGCCAUCGCUAGCGCCAUGAGCAAACUCGCUGGAGAGGAACCUGAGCGAACAGGAAUCCCCUACUGGCGCUUGAUCUUCGAUGCGAGCGUUAUUCCUCGCGAGGUCGCAGCGCACCAUCACGAUGGGGCCGGUACAGAUGAGGAUCCCUUUCAGGUAACCUGGAUUGAUAAUGAUGCGCGCAAUCCUAUGAACUUCGGUAUUGUGCAAAAAUGGAUGAUCACGUUGUUGGUCGGGAUCAACACCCUUGCAGUCGCAUUGGUCUCGUCUGCGUACUCGGGCAGUCUGGUUGAGAUCAUCGAAGACUUUCGAAUCAGCGAGGAGCUGGGUAUUGUCGGAAUCUCGUUAUUCGUUGUCGGAUUCGCUGUCGGACCCUUGAUCUGGGCGCCGCUCAGUGAGAUGUAUGGGAGAAGACCCAUUCUGAUCGCAAGCUCGGCCGGAUUGGCGGCUUUCACGGCGGGAUGUGCUGGUGCGCAGAAUAUCUGGACUCUGCUGAUUCUGCGUUUCAUCGCUGGAUCAUUAGGCUCGGCUCCAUUCGCUGUUGCGGGAGGUGUGAUUGCGGACUGCUUCCCUCCCAUCAGCCGUGGACUUGCAAGUGGUCUGUAUUGCGCUGCGCCGUUCUUGGGUCCAACGCUGGGCCCGAUCAUUGGUGGAUUCUUGUCGGAGUCUGCUGGUUGGCGCUGGGUUGAAGGGCUGGUGGCCGCAUUCGCGGGACUCUUGGGAAUUAUUACUCUUUUCUUCUUACCUGAGACUUUUGCGCCUACCCUGCUGAGCAAACGAGCCGAGCGAUUGUCUGCCUCUACUGGCUAUGUGUAUCGUAGCAAGCUCGAGAUUGACCAAGGCAAGAAGAGUCCUGCGGAUGUCUUCAAAGUGGCUCUUUCAAGGCCAUGGGUACUCCUUUUCCGGGAACCCAUUGUUCUGCUACUUUCGAUCUACCUCGCCAUUAUCUAUGGAAUCUUAUACAUGCUCUUCGCGGCAAUGCCAAUUGUCUACCAAACGGAGCGCGGCUGGAGUGAAGGACUCGGCGGACUCUCGUUCUUAGGAAUCACAGUCGGCAUCCUCUUCUCCGUGGUCGCAACUUUCCCGAUCUACUUCAACUACAAGAAGAAGACUCUCGCCGCUGGUGGUCGCCUAGCACCGGAGAAGCGCCUCCCAGGUGCCAUGAUCGGCUCAAUCGCAUUGCCCGCAGGUCUAUUCUGGUUCGCCUGGACGAAUUCUCCCUCCAUCCACUGGAUGGCCUCUAUCGCAGCUGGUGUUCCCCUCGGCUUCGGCAUGGUGAUGGUCUUCCUUCCAAUCCUGAACUAUCUGAUUGACGCAUACACGAUCUACGCCGCAUCGGUUCUGGCUGCCAACGCUGCCUUGCGCUCGGUCUUCGGAGCCGUCUUCCCGCUGUUCACCACUUAUAUGUAUGAGAAUCUCGGUAUCCACUGGGCUUCUUCUAUCCCGGCUUUCCUGGCCCUCGCAUGCGUGCCCAUGCCUUUCCUGUUUUACCGCUUUGGUCCGGGGAUCAGAAAGCGGUGUCACUAUGCUGCUACCUCGCAUGCAUUUAUGGAGAAGUUAUAUGAGAAAGCUGCAUUGCCACCAAAGGUUGAGAGAGAUGAAGCUGGCGAUGGCGAGACUGCGUCAGAUUAA